GGUGGCAGCGGCCGGGCCCCGCGCGCUCCAUGGCGGCCGCCGGCGGCCCCGACGAGGCGGACGAGGCGGUUCGCGGCACCUGCGAGGACGCGUCUGUCUGCAAACGGUUUGCUGUCAGUGUUGGCUACUGGAAGGACCCUUACAUCCAGUAUUUUGUGAGACAAGCCAAGGAAAGGAAAGCACCUGAGAUCAAUAGAGGUUAUUAUGCUCGUGUUCACGGAGUCAGUUAUCUGAUUAAAGCUUUUCUAAAGAAGACAGAAUGCAACUGUCAAAUUGUUAACCUUGGGGCUGGCAUGGACACCCUGUUCUGGAGACUGAAGGAUGAAAAUCUUCUCCCUAGAAAAUAUUUUGAAGUGGAUUUUCCAAUGAUCGUUGCAAGAAAAAUACAUAAUAUCAAAUCAAAACCUCCCCUGUCAAAACCAAUUAUGGAAUCCCAUUCAGGGGACUCUCUUCUAAUAGAUUCCCACAGCCUUGACUCCAGUCGAUAUUCCAUUGUAGGAGCAGAUCUCCGCUUCUCCUCAGAUCUGGAGGAAAAGCUAAAGAAACACAACUUGGAUAAGCAUUUGCCAACACUGCUGGUGGCAGAGUGUGUGCUGGUUUACAUGACCCCCCAGCAGUCUGCAAACCUGCUCAAGUGGGCAGCAAGCACCUUUCCCGUGGCCAUGUUUAUCAAUUAUGAGCAGGUGAACAUGACGGACCGGUUCGGGCAGAUCAUGAUCGAGAACCUGCAGAGGAGACAGUGCAACCUGGCUGGGGUGGAGGUCUGCAGGUCCUUGGACUCCCAGAGGGAGCGGCUGCUGGCCAGCGGCUGGGACACCGCACGGGCCAUCGACAUGAUGAAGGUGUACAGCUUCCUGCCACAGGCUGAUGUCAAAAGAAUAGAAGCACUUGAAUUCCUGGAUGAAAAGGAGCUGUUUGAACAACUAAUGCAGCACUACUGCAUCUGCUGGGCUUCAAAGGACAGCAGCAACCUGGGUCUGGCAAGCAUCGACUUUUGAGAGUCUGGCUGGAGGGAAGAGAGCCCAGGAGCCCCAGUGACUGCCUUGGCUUGGGCCAGGAUCCAGAAAUAUGGACUUUGCAUGUGCCAACCCCAGUCUGUGUCCCUGUGACGGUGCUGGGAACUGUCCUGGUGGCUUUGGGUGGUUUUGAGGAAUAUUCUUUGUGAGCAGUUGUUAUGAGGCAGGACUUGCCUUCCGUUCCCAGAUGUCUAAUGAUGGACUUUCACAAGGUGUCAGUGAUUCCUGUCUAAAGCUUGCCUUCCGUAGUUUAAAGCUGAAAGUGUUCUUGGGUUCUUUGGUUUUCCUCCUUUGUCUUUUUGUGGAUGUGUAACAUGUGUUUGUGACAGGAAGGUGGGAGAGCAACGCUGGAGAGCUGCAGCACUGGGUACCUGCACUGUGCAUGGCUGAUCAGGAAGGUGCAAUUUGGUUCAUUUUCAUUCUCUUCAGGUCUAAUUUUGGUGAGGUGUCACCGUGUUGGCCUCUCCAGGCUUCACUGUUGCACAAGGCUGUCACUGUGCUGGGUGUUCUUGUAGGGGAAGGGUAAAGGAGAAGGGGAGCCCUGAAUUUGUUCAGUGGUGUACAA